AUGUCGCCGCCGGCGGCCGCCACCUCCGGCGACGGGCCGCCUUCGUCGCCGCGCGAGCUCUACACCAUCCCGGCAUCAUCCGGUUGGUUCCGGUGGGACGGGAUCCACGAGACGGAGCGGCGGGCGCUGCCGGAGUUCUUCGGCGGGGCCGGCGGCGCUGGGUUCGGGACGGCGACGCGGAACCCGCGGAUCUACCGCGAGUACCGCGACUUCAUCAUCGCCAAGUACCGGGAGGACCCGGCGCGCCGCCUCACUUUCACCGAGGUCCGUAGGGCGCUUGUCGGGGACGUCACGCUCCUCCGGAAGCUCUUCGCCUUCCUCGACUCCUCCGGCCUCAUCAACUUCUCUGCCUCCUCCUCGUCCUCGGGCCCCGCGUCGCGGAAACAGGAGGUGGGGGUCGUCGUGGAGGCGCCCGUGGGGCUGCAGGUGACGCCGCGGCCGCCAGCGUCAUACUUCGCCGAGGAGAAGCGCGGAGCGGCGGGCGGGGAGAAGGAGAACGGAUUCCGGUUGCCGCCGCUGACCUCCUACAGUGAUGUGUUUGGGGAAUUGGUACCUGCGAAGGCGCCUAUAUGUGGUUUUUGCGGUGAGGAGUGCAAUGGUGCGAAAGUUGAGACGCUGCAGGAUGGUUUGAAAGUAUGUUCAAAAUGUUCCAAAAGCAAUAAUGAUAAUAACAAGGAAGAAGCGAAUAAAUGUCCUGGUGACAAAAAGGACAGCAUGGAAAAUCAUGCUUCCAGUGCAUGGACAGACGCGGAGACGUUACUCCUUUUGGAAGGAGUCCUAAAACAUGGAGAUGACUGGGAUCUUAUCGCCCAGCAUGUCCGUACAAAGAAUAAAUCAGAAUGCAUAGCAAGGCUGAUUCAGUUACCUUUUGGCGAACAUAUGCUGGGCACAAUAAAUGGUAAAUCCGUUAGCAGGCUCCACAUAAACCAGGCAACUGAUGGAAAAACAAACCAGCACAUUAUGAAGGAGUCUUCAAGCCACACGACUGAAAUGGCUGAUGGCAUGCACAUUGAUGGAAAUGAAGAUAGUGCUGAUAAAUCAGUUGAAGAAUAUCCUACAAAACGCAGACGGUUAUUUUCUUCAAUGGAUGCUACCACUUCAUUAAUGGAGCAGUUAGCGCUCCUGACCACAACAGCUAGCCCAGAUGUUGUUGCUGCAGCUGCUGAUGCUGCAAUUAAAGCGUUCAGCAAUGAAAACCCACAAGCAAGGAAAGCCUUUCGCCUCAGUGAGCGAGAAUAUAAGACUAAGGCCUUUGCUUCUAAUGAUGUCCAACAGAUCGACCGCAAAACUGGCGAUAAGGAUGUGAAAAUGCAUGGCCAGCCUGGUUCUGAUAAGCAGGAAAAGAAGUUCAUUGCUAAUGCAUAUCAAUUGAGGGCAGCUGUUGCUACUGCUGUUGGUGUAGCUGCUGCCCGUGCUAAAAUGCUCGCAGACCAGGAGGACCGAGAAAUGGAGCUCCUAAUGGCAUCUGUGAUUGAAACUCAGUUAAGAAAGAUGCAAUACAAGAUCAAACACUUUGAGGAGCUAGAGUCAGUCAUGGAUCAAGAGUACACCAAUAUACAGCAAAUGAAGGGAUCCCUCGUGAAUGAAUGGCUAAAGUUUUGGAGUUUCACAUGUUGCUUGAUCUGUGAGCAGAUUGCUUUGGCAAUGUUGUAUGGUUUCGAAUGGACGGCCAGGAUGGAGAGUGUUCAUCGUAAUCAUGUCAGGCCCUUGACACCCCGCAAAACGGCCAAAACCUUCGCUCCCAAAUCUAAGGCCUUUCCAGCCUCCAGUUGCGAACAACCUGAUGGCGAAGAAGAGCAAAGGCCCGGCCGCCGCGGCGCGGCGGCUGAUGAGACUGGCGUCUCGAGUCCCCAGGGCUCCGCCCACGGCAGCGAGGGCGGCGGGGAGAAGGAGGGCGCCUUCCUUCUGGGGGAGCCAACCUGGGAGGACACCGGCGGCGGGCGGUGGCGGUGCGCGGAGACGGGGCACGAGCUGCCGGAGCGGGAGAAGGAGGCCUACGCGCGGUCCCGCGCCUGCCGCCUCGCGCUCGUUGACCACGCCGUCGCGCGCAAGAAGCCGCCGCUCAACGCUUUCAAGCCCCACCCCGAACACAAAUCGAAGCUGGUAUGCAAGAUUACAGGGGAUACGGUUAACAAGUUGGAGGAUCACAUAUGGAAGCACAUCAACGGGAAGAGAUUUCUUAACAAGCUAGAAAAACUAGAAGACCAGAUGGCUUCUGACGAGAUGGCUGAUGGAGAACCUGUGAAGUCAAAUGAAGUGGCAAAGAAGAGCAAGUCAAGAAAGAAGGACAAGAAGAAAGCUAAUGUUGCCAGUCCUUUGCCAAGAGAACCUAAACCAGAGAUGGAUGAUUCAGAUGAUCCAGAUUUCUGGGUGCCUCCUGUUGGAAGUCGCUGGGAUGACGAUGACGGGAAAGACAGAUGGGAGUCAUCACCAGGAAAACCCAACUCAGCAAAGAACGAAGGUGGUUCUGAUGAUGAUGGUGGUGGUGAUAAUAACGGUGGUGAUGAGGAUGCUACGGCUGACAAGGAUGAUGCUGAAUCAAGGGAACUUGCUUCAAGGACAAAGCGAAUGUCAAUAGAAGCAGUUGGGCCAAGUAGCUUCGCUUCAAGGAAGAAAAAACCAAGGAGCAAUUUGGGUAAUCAAUGA